CGUGUGAAGCAAAUCCCGGCAGCCGGGGGAGUAGCGGCUUCCGUGACAGCGGAAAUAAACUAAAAUAAAGCAAAGCAAAAUAAAAAGAGAGAAGAGCCAAAGGAGCACUUGCUUCUCAUCAUCGCUUAGCGAGAGGAAAAAAAAAAAAACAAACAAACCAACCACCAACAACAAAACAACCAACAACUCACUUUUUCUUAUAACCCUCUGCUGCAGGGAGCAAAGGGAAAGAAGGCACCGGGGCAGAGCCGCUAACAAAGCAGGGGUCGGACCCUAUCGGCACCCCGACUGACAGCGGGAGGGGUGAGGAGUAGGGGAGGCUCCGGCAAAGCCAGGAGCAGAAAUGAAAGUUUCGAAAUAGCAUUCAAAGAGCCGCAAAAGCCCGGAGCGAUCGGAGCUCUUCCUGCGCAGCGUCAGCUCCCCAUGGUGCAUCCCCGGCGCUGCAGCGGGGAUGUGAGCGGCCCCGGCCCGCUGCGCGGAGCGGGUGAAAGCACCGAAACUCCCCGUUAUUUAUUUAUUUAUUGGAAGCGAUGUACGGGUGACACCCAGAAGGCAUCUGAGCCCUGAGGGGGGAAAAAAAAGAAGAAGAAAAGCCUCCCGAUCCAAAAGGAAAACAAGAAGAAUGAGACAGCAGCCUUGACCUCUACAUUGAGGGGAAGGUGAGCAGAAGGAAAGAAAGACAACACAGGAAAGCCAUGCAAGCACCAAACCUGUAGAUUACUGCAGCUAUUUUUGCUUCACUGAGGACAGAUAUUUUACUGACAGUCAUGCAGCGUAAAGGCAUCAUGCUGAUUGUGUUCUUGGAAUGUUUUAUUUCUGGCCAUGGAGAAGCAGAUCCCGUGAGGCUACGAGCCUUCCGCUGCAGUGGCCGUUCCUGCAACCCUCCGGUGGGAAACCUCGCCACAGGGAGGACACCCAGCACUCUCACCACGUGCGGGCAGAACAGCACAGAGCUAUACUGCUCCUACCCAGACCAAAGCAUCCUCCAUCCAGCCUCCCAUGGCUGCGGGCAGCCUCGCUGCACCAAGUGCAAUGCCAACCAGCCUGAUAACUCCCACCUCCCUGCUGACAUGACCGAUGAUUUCUUUGCAAACCCAAUGUCCUGGUGGCAGUCUGCCCAAGGGGUGCACAGGGAAGAAAUUAGGCUGGACUUUGAAACAGAGUUCUACCUGACACACGUCAUUGCUGUCUUCAAGUCACCUCGCCCAGCUGCGAUGGUGUUGGAAAGGUCCCAGGACUAUGGGCAGACGUGGAGGCCCUACAAAUAUUUCUCUGUCAACUGUACUGCGACUUUUGGGCUCCAGGAUGACCUCACUGAGGAAGGCUCCAUGUGCACUUCCAGAUAUUCAGAUGCAGUACCCUGUACCAGAGGAGAGGUGAUCUAUCGUGCCUUAACUCCAUCUAACAAGAUUGAAGAUCCCUACAGUCCUGAGGCUCAAGAUCUCCUGAAACUCACCAACCUCCGCCUCCUUUUGUUAAAAAGGCAGGAAUGUCCAUGCCGUGGUUUGGGAUUGGUAGAGAAACCUCAGAGGUUUGCCCACUAUGCUAUUUACGACCUGAUCAUCCGGGGCAGCUGCUUUUGCAAUGGGCAUGCAGAAGAAUGUGAACUUGCCAACAGGACGGGAGAAGUGGAGAAUGUGGUCCAUGGGAAGUGUGUGUGCAGACACAAUACAGCAGGGGACCACUGUGAGAAAUGCGCACCACUAUACAAUGAUCAGCCUUGGAAGCCAGGAGAUGGAAAAACUGGGGCACCAAAUGAAUGCAAAAAGUGUCGCUGUCACAACCAUGCUGACAGCUGCCAUUUUGAUCUGAGUGUUUGGCUGGCAUCAGGGAAACACAGUGGUGGAGUCUGUGACAACUGCAAGCAUAACACAGAGGGACAUCGGUGUCAGAGGUGCAAACCGGGGUAUUACAGAGAUAGAGGGAAACCCAUGUCUUCUGCAGAGGUCUGCAAACCUUGCUCCUGCCAGCCAAUGGGUUCAGCCAACGCAACGUUCAGCCGGAGCUGGCGAUGCCACCCCAAGACGGGAUUCUGCUACUGCAAGCCAGGUGUGGCGGGCCCCAACUGCGAUAGAUGUCUCAUGGGCUACUGGGGCUUUGGAGAAAAUGGCUGCCGUCCUUGUGACUGUGCCAGAGACUGCGACCAACAUACUGGAAGCUGUUUCAAUGGCUAUGACAACGAGCCAUUCUUUAACAUCCCCAUUGGGGGACGAAUCCCUGACCUUGUGCAAACACCAACUAAUGAGAGCGAAGAUGAGUGGAAAUGGAAUGACCACGAGCAGGGAUUUUCUGCUCUGAGACACCCAGAAAAGUGUGUGUGCAAAGAGAAGGUGCUUGGAAGCGUCACUGACUUCUGUCAAAUGAAAUACGCUUAUGUGAUAAAAGCAAGAAUCCUGUCGGCUCAUGACAAAGGGACACAUGCAGAAGUUGUUGUGAAAGUGAAGAAGGUCCUGAAGUCCGGUAAAGUGAAAAUUGCUCGGAGCAACAGAAGCAUUUACCCAGAAUCCUGGACCAACAGGGGAUGUACUUGUCCCAUUCUCAAUCCUGGUACUGACUAUCUGAUAGCAGGCCAGGAGGACUCUAGGAGCAGCAAACUUCUUGUGAACAUGAACAGCCUGGUGAAACCCUGGAAAGCACAUCUGGGAAAACAAGUGGCAGAUAUUCUUCGAACAGGGUGCAAGUAACUUCAGCUUCAGAAAUUACAGUGAUGAACUUUGCCUUUUAGUAACACUGCAGUGAAAGGUGUAGCUAGCUCCUAUGUUCCCAGUGAAUGUGCUCCUAGCUGAAGUGAUGAAGGUGGGCUCACCACCCUUUCUCCUUUCAUUUCCGUAGAGAAUGCUGGGACAUGACUGCUUUUUUUCCAGAAUGCACAGACUUAUCACAUAGCAUCAUCCAUAGGUUACAGUUUUUAAUUUCAGCCUGAUUCCGUGUACCCAGAGAAUCAUUUUACAAGGCAAAACUGAAGGUAUGGAUGUUUCCACACUUCCAGUCAGAGCCUGAUAUUAAUACAUAUAAGCUGAUUACAUAACACAUUCAUUACUUGGGUGUAGUUUUUUUUUUUUAAAUAAGUGACCACUAACAGGCAGCAAUUUCUUUCAGCUUCACAAGUGGCAUAAUACUAGAUAAGUAUGUCAAAUAUAAUAUCCAUCUAAAGCAGCUCAGAUAUUUUUAUUUACCAUCAGUGAUUAUGCCAGUAUAACAUGCUGCUUUCUAGAAAACAAUACAGUCAGAUGGCUGAACAGAAACAAACUAACACAGGACUCAUCUGGGACAAGGCUCUGUAGAUGUACUUUGCUAUCGUCAGUGCUUAGUGAUGAGCUCUGCUGCAGAAAGCUCCUUAUUACAAACUUGAUUCCAAAUCCAGCUCUUGCUCUCAUCUUGCUCUUUGCUGUAGUACUCAAAACUGUAACACCAGGCAAAAGUUGCACAGUGGUUACUACCAAAAAGCCUUAUGCUAGGAAAGAGCCAAAACGUGAUGAACUUUAGCUGCUCCUAUGUCGAGUUUAUAGUACCACAAAAGCUACAAAAGUAGGAGGUAAAUGGGUUGCUUGUAUUGCAUAUUAAAUGAGAUAGCUAAAGUUACUGUGAGAGCAACCUGGUAUUCAAACUGUGCUCAAGACCACUGACAUUUGAUUUGCACUUAGUGCUUUCAUUCUGCUUUAUUUCUCUUGGUCACUCUUGAGGUUAAAAUACUGAACUUCGGUCACCUUCUUAUUGUACACGAGGAUUUUUCUCCCGCCCCACAGAAGUACAGGUGAGGUAACAUCUGCACUCUAGGUGGAAAUAGUCCUGUCCUGCAAAAGCAUUCUUUCUAAACCAAUUUUCCCCUACACCACAGUAAUGAAGAGGUAGCUAUUUUAAUCGUUCCCUAACAAAAUAUUUCGAAGAAAUUGUAGUUCUUGAUUUCUGCCCCUGAGAAAAGGAAAUCAUGAUCAAACGGAGUUCAUUUAAACACAUCAUGUCAUUAAGUAAAGCAGAAAUGAUAAUGGAUCAGUCUAUACUUUCAGGUGGUCACAUGUGCUUCUUCUGCAUAUAUCUUAUUCCACGCCUACAAUUUGUCUGAUGCUCUCAAAAAGAGGCACUACCUUAAUUUAGCACUCCUGAGUGUUACGUGGGAAAAUCCAAAGCUAAUGCAAAGGGAUGGCUGUUCUAGGCUACAGGUUUAUUCUCUUCAUCACUGGGAACCUGAAGAAUACAGCUUUGUUAAUUCUAAUUGUACCUGUUUUCCUUUUAACUCUGCAUUGGUUGAACAGCAGAAAAACCUUCAGGUCAUUUGGAAAUGGAUGGCAGGCAGGUAUUAAAAAAAAACAACACUGCUUUUCUGCUGACAGUGUAUAAAGUGUCUCUCUUUCCCCUUCCCUUCUCCCUUGCCAUAGAUUUUCUUUCCUUCUGUUUGUCUUACAAGCACUUCAUUAUUUAUUUGUUGUUGCUAAAGUGGUAUCCAACAAUGUGGCAUCUCCAACAAGCUAUUUAAUUAAUGCAAUAAAAAACUUUUUAAACAGGAUAUUUGGCUUAAUUUGAAAUGUCAGUGUAUAGAAGUUAGGAGCAUAACACUUUCUUUAUCAUCUUCAGUGUCUGAACAAGAAGACUGACUAGCUCUCUUUCAAACAGGAAUAAAGACAUGCUCAUGAAUUUAAGUGUUCUCAAAGGGCCUCUCACAAUAGGUGAAAAUGAGGUGUACGUUUAUAGCUAAAUUAAGGAACAUACCUUUCAACACAGGUCAUUUUACCUGUGAGGCAUCUCAUUUACCGUGAUCGUAUUCCAUUGUGGUUCAUAGUCAGUACUGUAUUAAAGCAAACUUCCAUGUUUUAAUUUUUGUGCCAGAUUGGUGAUUUUGUGGGGAGCGUGAACAGCUUCACAGUUCCUUUUGGUGAGUGAAAAUUAUUUAGUAACAUGGUCUUUCAUGACUAUUUCCAGCAGUUGCUAAUAGAAACACCAUUUGGAACACAAAUAUUGAUACCCUGGUAUGUUCUCCUAGUACAUGCUGUAAUACUGUAAUGAUUACCUUAGUGCAAACACAGCUGUGUGCAAAGACAGCUGUCAAAAUGUUGCACACUCAGAAAUGAGUGACAACCAUACGCACACAUUUUGGAGAGGUAUAAAGCAAAUGAGGUGGUGGGAGAGGGAGGUAACGCCAAAAACAUUCAACAAAUUUAUUACCCAAAUUUCCCAUUCUUUGAAUCUCUAAUUUAUUUGCUGGUGGCUAUAUAGAUAAGUUUCCCUCAUUGCCUCUGUUGGUCAGAAACAUGCACAUUUUGUUCCAAUUGCAAGCUCUCAUUUACUGGCUUCACAUGUACAUGAGAAAGUGCAGGAUGACUUACAGAAGCUGCUGCAUGUCUCUCAGAACAAGCAAACAUGGUCAUACAUAGUGAAUUUAAAAUAAACUAGCACAGAAGAUAACUCUUUCCAAGAUGAAUUGUUUUGUAGGUCUGCAUGCAGUACCAAGUAUCUUUCAAUCAUCUCUGUGAUUGUCUCUCUUAGGUGGCAUAAUAGUAUAAAUAACACUAAUCCAGAAAAGAAGAUGCAUUUGCCUGUACAGAAGUGGCUGUACUGUUUCUUAUAGUAGAAAAAAGGACCCUCUUAAAGAUGCCUUUGUGAACAACUCUGCAAUGCCCAAAUUGAUAAAGCGUCUUACAAGCAGUAGCAAUCACAUACUAAACAAUAGCAGCAAUGUAUCACUUGGAAAUUCUGCAUAAGGAUUAAAUAAAAGCAUCUGGCCACAAGGAAAGGCUGGAAAGUUGUAAAAAAUGCAUAAAAGUGCAGGUAGUCACCUGAAGGAGAAGCACAUGCAACUUUCCACACAACAGCAACAAACAUGGUAUUGUUGCUCAGAGCAGUUCUGUAACAGCUGUGCAGCACAUCUGUCCAUGAGCAAAUGACCAUUCUUACAACAUGCACCUUUAAAACAUGGAAGCAGUUCAUUAAAAGGUGAGUGCUGAGCUUUAGUUCCUGUGUGGUAACAUACCAUCACUAAUGCUUCAUCUUCUGCUCUUGGCAAAUGGUCAAGAAGGAAAAUAGCAGAACUUUGUGCAGUGCACUUCUGGAAAUAGUUCACUGCUAUAAAGAGCAAGUUUUGUAACAUUCACCAUGACUCAUGACUUUUCCAUGCUGCUUGAUGUAAGUUUUCACUGAGUUGAUAUAAUUUAUACAAAGUGGUCUCUGAAGACCCCCAAACCUGGAAGAGUUAGUGUGUUAUUUGUUACGUGUUGUAGCACAUUCUCUUUUGUACUUAAAACAUCAAUUAAAAAUAUUCAGACAUUUA